AUGGGGAAACAUCUUGACAACAAAAAGCUUGCAAAUACUGAGACUGAUUUUGAAAUGAUUGGAUGUUUGGACCUGAACCAAAAAAUAAACUUUGGAACAUAUGACAAUUACAUUCCAGGCUAUGUCAGUUUGCUCAGUGACUAUACAGUUAUUCUCAGUGAAUUAAGCAAAAAAUCAUGGAAUCAGCAACACUUUGCCCUGGUAUUUCCAAAACCACCCCGGCCAGGAAGGAAAAGGAGAUCAAUGCCUUCCAAACUGCAAGCAAAUGCAGAUAGUGUAAUUGAUGAAGAAAAGCCAAAGGAAGGAAAAAGGCGACCAUUAUGGAUGCACCGUUCUUUAAUGAGUAUUUCCGAGAGACCAUCUGUUUAUUUAGCUGCCAGGAGGCGGCCCGUAUCCAAACCAACUUCUACCCCCAAGAAGUCUUCGAAAGAAGCAGAUGCAGAGAAACAUUUACCUCCAGAAAUAGGUAAGAAAGGUAAAGAAGACAAGAAAGCAGACAAAAAGGACAAAUCAGACUCAGAAGCAGAAUCCACAGAUUUAAAGGGGUCAAAAAAGGGUAAAAAAGAUUUAAAGAAAGGAUCUGGAGAUGAAAAAGGUAUUACAAGAACAGAUACCAGAAAAAGUAAAAAGGCUUCAAAGAAGGGUAAAGGGACAGAUACAGAUACUGAAAGUGAGAAAGGAGGUGUAAAAAAAGAUAAGAAAGUUUCAAAGAAGGGCAAGGGUUCAAGUACAGACACUGAAAGUGAAAAAGGAGAUGCAAAGAAAGAUGCCAAAAAAGGCAAGAAAGAUUCAAAGAAGGGCAAGGGUUCAAGUACAGACACUGAAAGUGAAAAAGGAGAUGCAAAGAAAGAUGCCAAAAAAGAUAAGAAAGAUUCAAAGAAGGGCAAAGAGUCACCUACACCAGCUCCAACUGAAAAGGAAGGUGUAAAGAAAGAUCCCCAGAAAGACAAAAAAGAUUCAAAGGGCACGGAUCCAGCUACAACACCUGAAACUGGAAAAGGAGAUGCAAAGAAGGAUAAGGGCAGUAAAAAGGAUAAAAAAGACGCAAAAAAGACUGAUGAGAAAGAUGACCAAUCAAAGGACAGUGACAAGAAAGACGCAAAGAAGGAUUCAAAUAAGAAAGAUAGUAAAAAAGAUAAGAAAGCUGAAAAGAAACCCAGUGCCACAGACAGUGAAUCGAAGGUUGACUCCAAGAAAGCUUCAGUAAAAGAUGCCAAGAAAGAUGCUAAGAAAGAUGCCAAGAAAGAUACUGACACAGAAUCUGCAGAUUCAAAGAAGGGUUCAAAGAAGGAUGCAAAGAAGAGUGAUGCUAAGGGUGCAAAGAAGGGCAAGUAGGCCUUGGAUAAUAAUUCAAAUGGAAAUAAUAGUUCAAAGGCAUAGUUGAUGAAACAAUUUUAGUAGUGUGAAGCUGAAUCUAUGAGUGAAAAAGAGGAAUCAAAGAAUUAAUCAAACAAUAUUUAAAAACAGUAAAAGAAUACAAAGAAGCACUCAAAAGAUUGAUAAAAAUAUAAGAAAGAUCUUAAGAAAAAUUGAAGAUUGAGGCUCUGUUUAAUACGCUAAAUUUGAGGAUACGAAGGAUUCGAUGAAAGAUGCAAAGACAGAUGUAAAGAAGAAGGUUCAAUUACGGAUGUAGAAGGCAAAGGCAAUGAAUCUGUUGAUACAAAAAAAAAAAGGUUUCAAAAAAAUCCAAAGAGGCAAAUAUUAAAUCCACAGAUUCAAAAUUUCCAAAGCUCCCUCCACAGAUUUAAAUAAAAGAGUCAUGAAAGGAAGUCAAAUAAUUUUUCAAAUUUCUACUUUUGAGUAAAUACAAACUAAAGGUAGCAUUACUCAAUGAGAGAGAGAGAAGAAAAGAAUAAGCAAAUAACAUUGCCUCCUUGUAAGCCUAACCCACCAACUUCCAAGUUCAAACAACUGCAGCCCUGUUGAUGGAUGUUGAAUGUUCCACCUCCAAGCCAAGCUAGAAACAUCUGGUAAGUGAGUUUGUUUUAUUCUAAGCCAAAUGUGGAUAAAGAAAUAAUUGAACCAAGUUAAGUGUUUGAGUUGAUAAUGAUCUUCCCUAUAGUAUUUUUGUAACUUACUGAAUAGGUUUUUAAUUAAGCUUUAUCAAGUUUGGGAUUUCUUAUGGUAAAAAAUACUUAAACAACUUGGUGAGAUCUCUAAAUAACUGAAACUUUAAAAAGUGCCCAUGAGGAAAAUUUAAGGGAAAUAGAAUUAUUUAGUGUGAGAGGGGGGAGACUGGCUUUUGAUUUAAGAAAAUUUUAACAAUUAGUUAUCAAAAGUUUUUUUUUUUUUUUUUUAAUUCAGAAAAUAGUGACUAACUUCUCUAUUUGGGGAAAGAUGAAAAUAAAAAUUAUCCAAAUUAUCAAGAAAAGCAAUUUAAAUGAAACAUAUGAAGGGCUCCCUGCUAAAUUGCAAAAUGCUUACAGGAAUUUAACUUAACAGAAUGUAACAGAGAGUGACAGAGUAAGGAAAUCUAAAUAAUAUUAUUUAGAUGUGAAUAUAAUUAACUUUUUAUUUUUUAUAAUUAUAUUAAACUCUCUUGCCAGCCACAAGCCCUGUUAAUAUGAGUAAAAACAA